AUGGAUCUGGACCUCGCGAACGCCGCCGCUGCAGUUCACACCAACACCGUGAGUGACGCUAACGAGGGAAAGAAACGGAUGGAAACAACAUGGGGGCCUGCACGACAGGACAGGCCAUCGAAGUAUCUAGGUCAGCCCGCCCCUUUUAGGCCACUCCGCCCAAUAGUGAUUCCUCCUCAGUACUGCCCGUGUUCGGCUUCUGCGCCAUUUAGCGAGAAGCAUAUGAUUGUGUUGGGGCCAGAGAAAGAUAUCAAUCCAAUGAGGGCAACCGAUAUUUGUUUUUUGACUGUUUCAAGGUAGUU